CAAACAUGAGUCAAUCGUCAAAAGGAGACUCACUAGUAGUGACUUUAUAAAAGUCAAGUAUGCAUAAUGAUAAUAUAAAUGAAUUAAAGCCUGUUUACUGCCUAGGUCGAGUCUAAAUGCGGAUGAAUUUAUAAAGUUUGAAUGUGCUUUGAUGUGGUGCAAGAACAACUCGGACAAAAACACCGUUAAAUUCAGGAAGAAAAUGAGAAGUUUCCUUGACUAUAUACAGUUUAAGUAUAUACCCUGUGAUGUCCUGGUGAAAGAUGUUUAUCCCCUGAAGAUUGUUCCGAAUUAUACAAUGAUUAGAGCUCUCGCACAUCAAGCAGAUCCAACCCUACAGGAGUUUCCCAGCAUGGAGGAUCUAGGGGCCCUGGACCAGGUCUCCCCUAUACCUGGAUCAGGUGGUGAGGAUCAGAGACAACAUCAAUCCACGGGUUCUAUAGACUCCAGUAGUCCUCGAUAUCUGGCUCCUAAUAUUCUGGUAUCUGGGAGUAGUUUUGACCAGGACGCAGAAAGUUACAGCAAUGAUAAUGGAGGAUGGCAAACUGGAAAUCUCGGCUCCAGACAAAGAAUGGCUCCCCUCAAUUUAACGGUGCCUAAAUCUGGCAGUCCUGGUUUUUUCUCCCGAGUGUUUAGUCGUGAUCCUCAAGCUCUCAGUCAACAGAACUCUUUAGCCAGCAGCUAUUCAAACUCAAGUUUUGCAUCCUACUCUCUCCUCCCUGACUCUGGAGCCCAGACUCCCCAACCUAUCCCGGAUAUUGGCAGGCUCUUCCUUCAACCUCAGAACUCGAAUUCAAGCAUAGAUUCAAGGAAUUCUCAGUCUGGAUCUCUACCCGGUGAUAAACAUAGGUAUGCUCGACUGUACGAGUCUAGUUCAGCUAGUUCAAGAUCUAGCUUUAGAGAGGGGCGCUGUACCAACUCAAGGAACCAGAUUAAAUCAUUUAUUUUAUUUUGGGGUAUAAUCUGGAGUUCGUCACGAGGUUUUAAAUCAGUUUUCUCUUCACAAACUUCUCUAACUUCCCAACCUUCUCAGGAAGGAGAUAAGGGUACCCUGUACAGCUCCUGGGGAUCAUUAACUAGUCAUCAGGGGACCAGGAGUUCGGUUCAAACUCAACCCGAUAGGAUACGAGGAGAUACGGCUUGUGAACCUGACUCCUCCCUUAGUUCCUCUACUCCCAAGGAUACAAGAUCCUCUUCCUCUGGUUCCUCUACAAUGUCUGUACCAACCUCCCCCAGACCCCCCUCUACUCCUUCCUCUCCUAAACCACGAAGUUCAACGAACUCUCAUCUAACUCUCCAGGUUCCCUUCUCUCCUAAACGUGGAUCCAACCAGGGUUCAGCUCUAGGUAGGAGCUCCACCUUGAUUUCCUCUCCGCCCCAUACCUCCGGCAAGGCAGAUGCUUCACCUAGAAGCAGUAGUCCUAUUCAGUCUUGCGGAGGGUUAAGUUUAGUUUCUGAAGCUGUUGAGGUUGAGGCACGAAGCGCCCCAACUACACCCUUACCUUCAGCACGGUCAUCUCCCAACAGAUCUCCGGACAUCAAAGUUAAAAGAAAGAAACUAAGUUUGCUGUCAUCAUUUCGCUCCAACAGUACCAGAUAAUAGAACCCCAGGUCUUUGAUCCUUGAUCUUUGAUUCUUGAUCUUUGAUCCUUGAUCUUUGAUCCUUGAUCUUUGAUCCUUGAUCUUUUAUCUUUCAGUACGGUGAAUGUAUUUAUGAAUGUGCCAAGUUAUCAAGAUAAAAAAUCUAUAAUUAAUAAAAGUGUCUUCAAUGUCUAUCUCUUAUCCUGUAGUUCAACUCUGUGGUUUUCACCUUGGUUUGAAAAAACCGGAUAAAAUCUUAUUUUAUUUCCCAUAAUUGAUCAAUUAUUAAAGGGAUUUAAUCCACUAUUGUAGUGAGAAAAAAAUUCUCUUCCCAUAACCAUGAAACCUUGUCCCUCCUCCCAUCACUUGUUGCCUCCCCAGUCCCCACCCACAUUGAUUUAAUCCUUGCUAUUCUCCCCUACCCAUUUUCUUUUCUCCAUUUCCAUCCUUGAACCCCUUCCAUUUUCCCUUACCCAGGGCCCGUGCUUUAUGCAUUUACUGAUACCGGCAGGUCUAGUGUACCCGUGAUUUAUUCUUUACUGGUACCAGCCAGUCAAUUGUACCCGUAAUUUAUGCAUUAAAUGGUACCAGCCAGUCUAGUGUACCCGCACUUUACGCAUUUACUGGUACCUGCAGGUCUAGUUUACCCUUGUUUUUUUUCAUUUAUUAGUACCAGCCAGAAUAGUGUACCCAAACUUUACGCAUUUACUGGGCAGGUCUAGUGAACUUAUACUUUAUGCAUUUACUGGUACUGGCCAGUCUAGUGUGCCCGUAGUUUAUGCAUUGACUGGUACCGGCCAGUCUAGUGUACCUGUACUUCAUGCAUUGACUGGUACCGGCCACACUGCGAUUUAAUGGUCUCACGCUCUCAAGCAAAAAUCGUUGAGAAUUUUGCCAAUAACUUCUA